CAAUGGCGGCAGGAAAGUACCUUACGAAAUUGGUUCCAGGAGGUCUGAACACGGGGGACCUGUGAGCUCGAUCAAUCAUUGGCAAAGAUGCCAAAAUUUCCAGAAGUAAUUCUUGCAGAAAGUUUGCAAAGAAUUCCAUAGGAUGAUUACCUUUGAUUAAUUCUUCAGGACAGAGAACACGUUAAAAACAACAAGGAAUUUAUUUAUGGGAAUCUUGAACACAACACACCAGUUUUGCUGUCUCUGUCUAGAUAUUUAAGAAGUGGAACAAAGGAUUAAAUCUUCCAUCUUUCCUGCUCAGACUGUGGGCAGGGAUUCACUCAAUCAUCUGACUGACUGGCACGCCCGUCAUUUUACACAGGGGAAAGGCUGUCCAUCUGUUCAGACAGUGGGAAUGGCUUUAGUCAGUCAUCUCAACUGAAGGUACAUCAGCAAGUUCACACUGGGCAAAGCCAUUCACCUGUUCUGUGGGUGAGAAGGGAUUCAGUCAGUCUUCCCACCUAUAGGCACACCAGACAGUACACACUGGGCAGAGGCUGGUCAUCAGCUGAAUUUGUGGGAAGGAUUCACUCUGUCAUCUGACCUAAUGGCUCACCAGCGAGUUCACACCGGGGAGCGGCCGUUCACCUGCCCGGACUGUGGGAAGGGAUUUACUUGGUCAUCUAAACUGAAGGUACAUGAGAGAGUUCACACUGGAGAGAGGCCGUUCACCUGCUCAGACUGUGGGAAGGGAUUCACUCAGUCAUCCACCCUAAUGGCUCACCAGCGAGUUCACACUGGGGAGAGGCCGGUCACCUGCUCAGACUGUGGGAAGGGAUUUACUUGCUCAUCCCAAAUGAAGGAACAUCAGAGAGUUCACACUGGAGAGAGGCCAUUCACCUGCUCAGACUGUGGAAAGGGAUUCACUAAAUCAUCUCAGCUAUUGAGACACCAGUCAGUUCACACUGUAGAGAGGGAUUUCACUUGCUCAGACUGUGGGAAGAGAUUCUCUCACUCUUCUGCCCUAAAGAGACACCAGCAAGUUCACACUGGGGAGAAGCCGUUCACCUGCUUAGCCUGCGGGAAAAGAUUCACUUUGUCAUCUAACCUCCUGACGCACCAGUCAGUUCACAACCAGGAUAGGCCAUUCACCUGCUCAGUCUGUGGGAAGAGAUUCACUCAGUCAUCCACCCUACAGACACACCAGCGAGUUCACACUGGAGAGAAGCCGUUCACCUGCUCAGUCUGUGGAAAGGGAUUCACACGAUCAUCCAUCCUACAGAGUCACCAGCGAGUUCACACUGGGGAGAAGCCGUUUACCUGCUCAGUCUGUGGGAAGGGAUUUCCUCACUCUUCCACCCUACAGAGACACCAGCGAGUUCACACUGGGGAGAAGCCAUUCAUCUGCUCAGUCUGUGGGAAAGGAUUCACUUUGUCCUCUAACCUACUGACACACCAGUCAGUUCACACCGGGGAGAGGCCGUUCACCUGCUCAGUCUGUGGGAAGAAAUUCACCCAGCCAUCCACCCUACAGAGACACCAGCGAGUUCACACUGGGGAGAAGCCGUUUACCUGCUCAGUCUGUGGGAAGAGAUUCACUCAGUCAUCCACACUACAAAGUCACCAGCGAGUUCACACCGGGGAGAAGCCGUUCACCUGCUCAGAAUGUGGAAAGGGAUUCACUCAGUCAUCACAACUACUGGCACACCAAUCAGUUCACACAGGGGAGAGGCCGUUCACCUGCUCAGACUGUGGGAAGAGAUUCACUCGAUCAUCCACCCUAUUGGCACACCAGUCAGUUCACACUGGGGAGAGACCAUUCACCUGCUCAGAAUGUGGAAAAAGAUUUAAACAGUCAUCUCAUCUACAGAGACACCAGCGAGUUCAUACCAGUUAGAGGCUGUUCACCUGCUCAGACUGUGGAAAGGGAUUCACUCGAUCAUCCACCCUACUGGCACACCAGUCAGUUCACACAGGGGAGAGGCCAUUCAUCUGCUGUGAAUGUGGGAAGGAAUUCACGCGGUCGUCUUAUCUACUGAGACACCAAUGAGUUCACACUGGGUCGAGGCCGAUCUGCUCAGACUUUGGGAAGAGAUUCUCUCAGCCAAAUAAACCAAAUGUGCAUCAUUGAGUUCACACUGGGGAGAAAGAGGCCGAUCUGCUCAGACUUUGGGAAGAGAUUCUCUCAGCCAAAUCAACCAAAUGUGCAUCAUUGAGUUCACACUGGGGAGAGGCUGUUCACCUGCUGUGAAUGUGGGAAGCGAUUCACUCAGCAAUCUGACCUUGCUUCAUACCAUCGGGUUCACACUGGGGAGAAAGUUUUAAUAAGCUGCAUGCUGGAUAUUUGUCCAUCACUGUUGCUGAAUGCAAUUCUGAGAGUGACUAUCAGUGCUGAACUUUGCAAUUAUUGCUGUUGCUCUCCACACCGUGGUCUGUACUCUGAUUCUGCACCCUGGUCACUGGGCAUGGGAGGAAUUUCUUCUGCUGCACAUUCACCUUAAUGGGACUGGAGUUUAAUAUUCUGGAUCUGAGACAAAUAAAUCAGUUCUAUUUUAAA